GGAGUCAGUUGGUUAAUUAGGUUAAAUGAUUUUGCGUAAAUUAUGUGAAUUAUUUUAUUAAUAUUUAAUUAUUUGAACGAAAAUGAAAUUCUUCAUCAAAUUCCGAUUUUGUAAAAUUUUCUGUAUCUUGUUGGUGCUGUCUUUGAAAAAAGCAGUUAAUGGAAACCUCAUUGUGGAAACUCAAAUAUUAGAUAGAUACUCUUCGUACAACAAAACAUUCGUACAACUAUAUGAUAGUACGGGGAAGCAUAUUUUUUCUACCUAUGAUAAUCAGACUCAAUGUCACUUACGGCAUAUUUAUGUUGAAUUCGUCUUAGAAAAUCACAAACUAACCUUAGAUCUGCAGAAAAAUGAUUUCUUAUUCACACCUGGUUACAUGGAAAGGACUUCAUCUUCCCUCCUGCCUAGCAAUUAUACUUCUAGGAAUUGUUACUACAUUGGUGCAUUGUUAAAUGAUGAUAGACAACUCAUUCCCAAUGUUCACGUUGCUGUAAGCACUUGUAAAGGACUGAGGGGUUGUGUGAUGUUGGAAAAUGAUACAAUCAACAUUGAGCCUGCAACAGAAGAUAUCAACGAUGUUCAUUACUUUUUCAGAGAUUCAUCUAGACUUCGUAAAACUCACCAUUUCAAUCAUUCUAAACUUGUGGUGGAUGAUGAUGAUGUGAGUGACGAUCCACAUGCCAUGAUGAAGAAGAAGAAAUACAAUCCACACAGAACACAUAGAUUAAAGAAGAGAUCCAAGAAUAGGCCUUAUGAUUCAAACAAUGAAACUCUUAUAGUUGAACUAUACGUUGCAAAUGACCAGGCACAAUUCAUCAGGCAGGGAUCAAAUGUACAGGCCACCAUUGAUAGGACGAAAGAUGCAGUCAACAUCGUCAAUUCAAUAUACAGACAGUUGAAUGUGUACAUCGUGCUGAUUGGUGUGGAGGUGUGGAACGACAUCGACCGCAUCCAAACAACAAACGACCCUCAGAAUUUGUUGAACAAUUUCCUCAAGUACAGGGAAGAUUUUUUGAACUCCUGGACUCCCAAUGACAAUGCACAGUUGAUAACGGGUCGUAACUUGGGCGAUGGUAUCCUGGGAAAGGCCCCUGUGAUGACGAUGUGCACGUGGAGCAAGUCGGGAGCCAUCAAUGUGGACCACUCGUUGGAUGUGGCUCGACUGGCCGCUACGAUGGCACACGAGAUCGGCCACAACUUUGGAUUGGAGCACGACGACAGCGUCAAGGAGGUCACGUGUCCAGAUGAGAAGUGUAUUAUGGGCCCACAGAGCAGUGAAUUCAUACCUGCUCGCUUCUCGUCGAACUCAAAGAUGGUCUUCAAGGACCUGCUGGACGAGGGCAUGCGGCACUGCCUUCAGAAUUCGCCUCACAAAGUUUUUGGAGAAGGGAAUGAUUGUGGCAAUGGAUUCAUAAAUAAAGGAGAAGAUUGCGAUUGUGGUCUGCCAAAGGACUGCACAAGCAAAUGUUGUGACCCACGCACGUGCAAGUUCCUCAGCCGUGCCACUUGUGCCACAGGCUCCUGCUGUAACUUGGAUACCUGUCAGAUCAAACCGCCAAUGACGGAAUGCAGAGGAGUGCAGAGUGAAUGUGAUGUCGGUGAGUACUGCGAUGGGGAGAGUGAGUUUUGUCCUUUUGACGUCUUCAAGCACAAUGGACAUCCGUGUACCUCGUUUCAGAAAGGGGCGUUCUGUUUCGACGGUCAGUGCCGGACGCACGAUACCCAGUGCAAGAGGUUGUACGGCGUGACGGGCCAGCAGUCAGCCAGCAUGUGCUACGAACAGUUCAACAUCGACGGCUCGCUUAGAGGAAAUUGCGGCUACAAGUGGGAGGAAACAAAAAGUUACAUCAAAUGCAACAAUAGUGACGUCAUGUGUGGACUGCUGCACUGCCAGCACAGCAGCGAGAAGAUGAUGUUCUGGGAUAAAACCGUUUCCAAGGACAUUAUUGAAAACAUCAUCUUUAUACAACCUGGAAAUAUACGGUACGAUUGCAAGACGGUGAUGUUGGACAUUGACAAGGAUGCUGAUAAUCCAGGUCUCGUGCCUAACGGAGCGUCAUGCGGUAGCAAUAAGAUGUGCAUGUCCCAGCGAUGUGUAGACGCCAGAGAAUUUGUAGAGAGUCUCAACUGUCCUGAGUGCCACAACCACGGGGUCUGCACAAACAUAGGACAGUGUCACUGCGACGUGGGAUACGCUCCUCCCCAUUGUGACAGGUCUGGAUUUGGAGGCAGUCUGCAUUCCAACGCCAUUUCUGAUAAGUCGAAGGUUGGGGCGCUGGUUGGUGUGAGCAUUUUCGUGUUCAUCAUCUUUCCCUGCAUCCUCAUCAUUGCAAUCCUCCUCUACAAGAGGAAGCACCUCAUCAUGAAAAGAUUGGGACUGGGGAAGUACAGAUCUGUUUCUCGCCCGACUCUGCCACCCCGAGGUGAACCAGUGACCAACACCUACCCACGCCCCCCUCCACCUUCCUACCCGCAACUUGCUCCCCCUCCACCACUUCCAUCGGGACCUCCUCCUUUUACGACAGUCCCUCUAAUGUCAUCACAUUCUUUCUCAAGACCCCCAAACAGUACAAAACCCCUUGUCAACAAACUUCAAUCAUCCAAAUCCUUCUCACAAACUUCACGCACGAAGCCUUCCAUUGAAAUGGUGCAUGGAAACUUCGUGAGGCCACAACCACCAGUCAGGCCUUCAAGACUGCCUGCUUCUACUGCAAGAUCUGAUGAAGACACUGAAGUUGUGGGUGCAAAUGAUGCUGGUGAUUUGAGAAGUGCCCUCACAAAACUUCAGGAGUUAGACUUCUUGAACCCGAAAUAUACUCAGCGACAUCAUAGAGAAACACGGCUGCCAAGGAUAUCAAAAAGUGAUGACGAUGAUGAGAGCAACCAUGAUUACGACCACCAGAACAGGAAGCACGUACCAUUCAGGAAGGCACCCCCACCACCUCCUCAGGUCAAGGACACUGACAUGAGUGAGGACGAGGAUUGCAAGCAAAAUUACCAGAAAGCGUCACAAGCUGCCAAACGUCAGCCUUCCAUCAGCAAGAAACCAUCAUUUCGUCCUCCUCCGCCUCCGAAACCAAAGCCAAUUUAAGCAUACCUUCAUAUUUAAAGCAUUUAUUAAUUUUACUAAUUUUCUUUUGUAUUUAAUUGAUUUAUUUUGUUUUACAAUUUUGUUUUUUAAAAAUUGUUAUGAAAAUAUAUUUGCGUAAUUUCAUUAUUUCCUUGUUUUGUUUGACAUAAUUUUGAACGUAAGACUAAGAAAGAGGUAAAUUAUUAUCAAGAAUAUAAAAAGUACGUCUGUUUAUGCAAGUCUGGUUCUUUCAAUGUAUUAUGAUUAGUCAUCCUUUUUUCGUUUUUCCUAAUAUCCAUGUGUAACACGAAUUUUACUAAGUAGAAAUAUCUAUAUUCAUACUUGUUCAAAAUUUCACCUGAUAUCUUAAUAUUUCAUUAUUUGCCUAAAAUGUGCAAUUCUCUAGAAAUAUGAUUUGACUUUGUUACAACUUUCGUUUGGAUUGCACCGAUAUUUUGAACAAUGGCUCAAAUUGACUUCACUAUGUAUUAUCAUCGUUGAUCUAUUUGGUUAGAUGCUUUGGAAUCUGUUUAUGUGCUUUCAUAUUUGUCUUUUCUAAUCAUGAUUUUUUUAAAUAAAAAGGUUUAAGUA